AUGGCCGCUUUCGACAUGGCGACGUCGACCUUGGCACCUGCAGAAGCAUGGCGGACGUCCUUUGGAAAAUCGUUUAAAACUUACCGAGAACACAAACAAAAGAAUAAGAAGAAGUCGGGCCGAUCUGUCAUGCACGGCAAUGAUAAAAAAGGAUGGUAUCAGCUCUGCUACGGUCAUUCGACGGAGGAACCAUUUGACAAGUCAAAACUUGAUAUUGUCGCUGAUCUACCUCAGCGCACCAUUCUGUCCUUGCUCAAUUAUCAUAUUCAAUGGGUGAAAGAAGUGACCACCACAGAGUCAUUGUGGCUUUUUGCAUUAUUGCUCUACCUUGAUCCAGUGCUCACGUACAACGAUGUAUCUACUCUCAGAGAUCUUGCACGACAUUUGAUUGCGCUUCGACAGCAAAAAAAAGAACAUGACGACGCCGUUGCACGUAUGAAUAUACUCAUCACUAUUAUCGGUCAAGGCUUUGGCCAGGCCGACCUCAUCUAA